AUGCCUCCCAUCCGAUCCGCGCGCAAUCGCAAGCCGCCCCCCGCUGGCUUUGACGAUCUCGAAGAUACCCUGCUCGAGUUCAGCAAUAAAAUGAAAGAUGCCGAGAAUGCCUCGCACGAAGGAAAGAAAAAAUACGAAGUCCUCUGGCCUAUAUUCCAAAUCAGUCAUCAGCGUUCACGAUACAUUUACGACCUUUACUACGAAAAAGAAGCUAUCUCGAAGCAGUUGUACGACUGGCUUCUGAAGAAUGGCUAUGCUGAUGCCAAUUUGAUUGCGAAGUGGAAGAAGCAGGGCUACGAGAAGGCAAAGACGAAUUUCAACUCCACCUGUAUCUGCCGCGUUCCCAAGGCGCAGCUCAAGGAGGAUCAGACGAUUCAGUGUGUCAGCUGCGGCUGCCGGGGAUGUGGAAGUAGUGAUUAA